UCGACAUCAUGCGGGUGAACGUGGACAAGGUGCUGGAGCGGGACCAGAAGCUCUCGGAGCUGGACGACCGGGCGGACGCGCUCCAGGCCGGCGCCUCCCAGUUCGAGACCAGCGCCGCCAAGCUCAAGCGCAAGUACUGGUGGAAGAACCUCAAGAUGAUGAUCAUCCUGGGGGUCAUAUGUGUCAUCGUCCUCAUCAUCAUCAUCGGUGAGUGGCUGCAUGCAAAUGAGGGGGGCGGGGCAUGCAAAUGAAGGAAACUAUGCAAA